CCCCCUCUCUCCCUCCCUGUGUAGGACCAACCGUCUAUUUGAAAGCAAAAACAGAUCGUUCCUUUAUGUCGUUUUGUCACUAAAAUGUGCUGCCGUCUACUUGUUUGUGCAUCACGUUCGUUCGACGACCCAAUGCGGAUAACGUGGCGGAGCUGAGUACCAUUUGACUGGAGGUUGGUACAAGUCCCAGCCACAUCCAUGGAUGAUGCAGGAUUUAUGACCUGUACUGCAAGCACCGGCAGUAACAGCCACAGCAGCCGUAGCCAAGCGGUGAUCAAGGUCUUUUGUUUUUGACCUCGCUGCACUCGAUCGACUGAUUGAAUCCGAGUGACUGUCAAGAUGCGUUCUAGUGCGGAUGGACAUUCCAGUCCCCACAGCAGAGGACACACCAAUGACAAUAACAACAACAACAACAACAGCAGCAGCAUCAACGAGAACAGUGGAAAUUCCGGUUCCCAGUAUGCACUCUGCGCUCUGGGUGUUGGACUCGUGGCCCUGGGCAUUGUCAUGAUCGUCUGGAGCGUGGUGCCUGCAGGCCCGAAUGCGAACAACAGCAACGGUAAUUCAGGUGGCGGAGAAGCCGAUUCAUCUGGGAACAGGAAAAGUAAAGCUUCCUCUGUGGCCUUUGUCCUGGUGGCCUCGGGGGUGGUCAUGCUGCUGAUGUCCUUGUGCCUGGGAAUGAGGAACAAGCAGAGGGAGCAGCGGAGGCUCCAGGAGGCUCAGAACCGCAGAGCUGUGACCGCCAGGGAGAAUGGCGAUGUAGAAAUUGCCGAGCAAGACACCCGACGCUAUGCUGUGCCCACCUAUGAAGAGGCAGUAGGCAGUGGCCAGUACCCAGUCCGCCAAAGCAAUGUUCAGCCCAGCUCCUCCCAGCUCCCCUCCUACGAUGACUUGGUCCAAGUCGAUGGGGUGCAUUAUGAAUUUGAAGGUCCAGAGGUCGGGGAUCCUGGGUCGCAGCUCGGCCCCGCCUCCGCCGCCACACCUGCAGCUGCUUCCGCCUCAAACCGGAGACCAAAUAAAAGUGCCCGCAAGCUCCUCCCCAUCAAGAUCCGCAGGAUCAAAUCGGAGAAGGUGCCCAAUUCUCAACUGGCUGCUGGCAUUAGUAUAGAACCUCUCACCCCGCCACCGCAGUAUGAGGACAAGGCGCCCCCCAUCUGAUGAUAACUUUCAAACCUGAAACUGCAAUCUUCCAUCAAUCAGGACCGCAUCAAGACAAGCCUUGGUGAACGCAUGGCCGAGGUAGAAAAGCACCAAAUAGUCUUUCGUCAUGCCUGCGUCGAUUCAUUUGAUGGAACAGCUCAUGAGACUUCACCGGAUUAUUUGUGCGCACAUGAGGACCGAGACCGGCAGCAACUGUCACUGACUCCAGCCAGCAGAGUGGGUGACGUUUGUCUCUGCAGGCUACCACAACUGUUAACAACACACCACACCAGGAGUGGCUUGUGAUAUCAUUGCUUUAAGAGCUUCGUAAACAAAGACGAGACAUUUUGGACAAGUGUUGGCUUCUGUUCAAGCAGCACAUCCUUUUUAUUACCUUAGACCAACAUGCCUUUGAUUUUUCUGAACCCUGCAAUGGAAUUCAGUGGGAAAUUGUACCACAAUUAGCAACCAGUAUUAAACUGGAACUCUAUUUUUCCAGCAGAGCAUCAUGAGCGGUGCAAUCACUUUUUGACGUGACGACGUGCAUUGCCACAUGACACUACGCUAACGUGGCAGACGUUACAAGUAACUAUUACGAGUAGAUUCUCUACUACUAUCUCUCUACUAUCAUUGAAUGGAUGAUGGUGGGAUAGAUUGUGUUUUUCUAUGACCACGCCCUUCUACUUUUUGUGACAUUUGUUCACACAGAAACGAAACGAGCUUUAUUUCUAAUAACACUUUACAUUAUUACUUGUUACACAGCGCUUUUGUUUGCAUUUAUAGAUCACAGUUCCCAUCCAACGACAAACACACUUUGUUGAAAUUUCAUUGCAUUUGCAUCAUAUUUAUACAUUUUGUAAUUGAUUAAUUCAACUGGUGUGCAAUGCUUUCUUUCACGGGAUGGUGACGGGGUGGUUAAAAAGAAAUGGCGAGCUUAUAUUUAAUAAGGCACCAUUCAAAAUAGUUGAUGCAAACAUAUGAUUGAUCCCCCCCCCCCCACAUCCUCUUUGGAGUAUGCCCACUUUGCAGUUUAAUUGCCCCUGCCUCAAUGUGUACUACAACCGAACUGACUUUUGACGUUCCCAAUUCAGUGUCAGUUUUGCUCUGAAAAACAUCCUCUCAGGGAAGGAGGGAAACAAGGGAACAAUAGAAGAAACUCUGGGGCCUGCCUUCACGCAGUCGUCACCACAUAAGAGCAGUCGCUCUCCGAAAGCAUAGACUCCACUCCACUGUGGGCCUUUUUUUUUUUUUUUCUCGUCUCAUUCAUGAUGACCAACAAGAGUCUCUUUGAGUGUGCAGCUGCACUGUUCUAACAGCAAAACUUGCUCAUCAACUGCAGCUUGACUCAGAGGCCUGUUUUCACCUCUGACCACGCUGGCAAUGAGCCACGCAGCAGAAGGCUCUCCAUUCACGGGGCAAAUGUUGCCAUUAGCGUGCGCUGUUUUAUCAAUAGCUGCCAAAUGUCAGAUGAGAAUAACACAUGGGAAGAAAUGGAUUGAACUUUGGGAGUGUUCUUUUGCCCUGUGUUUGAAUGGAAUCAAGUGGUGGUGUUAGUGGCAAAAGAGGAAUUAAUGAUACACUGCGAGCAUAUUUGUACGAAGCAACAAGUCAUUUUGUCCCGAACCUCCCCUGGAAUAACCCUUCUCCGUUGUAUUUACUGAUUCUCCUCAUGGAGUGCCUCAUUUGUUUGCAAGAGUUUAUCUUCCAGGAAUAAAAGAUUGUAAUAAUUAAGCCGGUGAUAAGGUAAACAGUUCUCUGUGGCGAAUGGCGAGUGCAGAAAACAUUUGGUUUUCCAUUGAGAGUCCGAACACAUUUAUGCUGUUUCAUGUUUCUUAGGACUUAAAUCCUUUGUGUGUGUGUGUUUGUGUGUGUGUGUGUGUGUGUGAAUUGUGAAGAUAUAUUCGUAAAAAUGCCUUUUCACCAGUUUGAACUGAAAGCAAUUUAUUUUGAGAGUAUUAUAUUGGAAUAAAAAGAUUUCAGU